GGGUGCAGGGAGCUGGGCUCCUCUCUGGCAGAAGCACCAACCCAGGGCUCGGGCCAUCAUGUUCAGCCGGUCAGGUUACCAAGCCCUUCCCCUGGGAGACUUUGACCGCUUCCAGCAAUCCAGCAUCGGGCUCUACGGUGCCCAGAAAGGCUUCUUCUCAUUUGGAUCCAAGCAAGACCCUCUGGGGCAGACCUCAAAUGCAGCAGAUUCCUCCCAGGGCUGGCUGUCCUGGAUCUGCCAUGGGAUUGUCACGUCCUUGGUUUUCUUGUUCAUGGUUGCCACCUUCCCCAUCUCGGGCUGGUUUGCCUUGAAGAUCGUGCCCACCUAUGAGCGAAUGAUCAUCUUCCGCUUGGGCCGCAUCCGGGCACCGCAGGGACCAGGUGUUGUCCUGCUGCUGCCCUUCAUUGAUCACUGGCAGAGAGUGGAUCUGAGGACAAGGGCCUUCAACGUGCCGCCCUGCAAGCUGACCUCCAAGGACGGUGCUAUCAUCUCGAUGGGUGCCGAUGUCCAGUUCCGGGUAUGGGACCCAGUGCUGUCUGUCAUGAUGGUGAAGGACCUCAUCACUACCACCCGUAUGACAGCACAGAAUGCCAUGACCAAGACCCUGCUGAAGAAGAGCCUUCGUGAGAUCCAGGCCGAGAAGCUGCGGAUCGGGGAACAACUCCUGCUCGAGAUUAAUGACAUGACCAAGUCCUGGGGCCUGGAGGUAGACCGGGUGGAGCUGACCAUGGAGGCCGUGCUGCAGCUGCCCCAGGAGAGCCUUGCGGGCCCCCUCGCUGCCCUGCCACCGGUGCCCGGGCUGGAGGGUCUUGACAGCACCAUCCAGCAGCUGGCUGCCCAUCUCUUCAGCAACACUCUGGCUCUGACAGGCAGUGCCAACAGCACCCCGGAGGCAGCAGACAGCGUGGAGACCGUGAAUGAGGUGGAGCCUCCCACUGCUGCCGUCCCCACCACCAGCGCCAGGAGGAAACCCAGCGCGGACGAGCUGCUCUCAGCCGUGGAGCUCUUCCUGUCUGAGCCCUUGGUUGGCCAGGUGGGAGCGUCUUACCAGGUCAACAUCACCCUGCCGAGCGGAGCCCGGAGCACCUAUUUCAUAGACCUUUCCUCAGGCAGCGGACGAGCUGGCCGUGGAUUGCCAGAGGGCAGCCCCGACGUGGUCCUGGAGAUGUCAGAGAAAGACCUGCAGGACCUUUUCCUGGGUGAACUUCGUCCCUUGAGUGCCUAUAUGAGCGGGAGGCUGCAGGUGAAAGGCGACCUGCACGUUGCUCUGAAGCUGGAGGAGCUCUUCAAGGCGAUGAAGCAACGUAGAUAGAGCAUGUGUGUGGGUGUGUGUCCAUGUGUCUGUGUGUGCAUGUGUCUUUGUAGGUGUGCAAAAGGCACAGGAGGGGUGAAGUCACACGUGGUGGGGAACAUGGGGGUGCUACACGGCGAGGGCGUUGACUUCCCCACUUUGCAGCUCAUGCUGUCCCCUCUGCAAAGCAGCAGGAGUUGCAUGUAGGCAGGGAAACUGAGGCAACAGAAGCCUAGAAGUCUCCCCUGCACCUCAAGUUCCCACUCUCUUUGGGGUGAGCUCUGUUGCUUGUCCUUGUCCUUUUCUUUCCCUCCCCUCCCCACCCUUGCCCACAACUUUACUAGUUGGGAACAAGUUGGCACCUGGCCUGUGUCCAGAGAACCCAGUUUGCCUCCAGGUCCCUUGGCCAAGAGCUGCUCCAGGGGCAUAGAUCAACAUCCUGCUGCCUUCCUGGAGGCGAAGGGAAGAGUGGUGGGGCUCCCCUGGGAGAUCUGGGGAUGAGAAUCCCCUGGGAAUAUCAUGCUGGAAGGGGCAGGAGGUGACUGGGUUGGACUGGGAAGAGCUUGGGGACACUGUAACCAAAUCAGCUUGACUGAACAGUCAUGAUGGGAGUGGGAUGGCACAAGGAGGAGAGUGAGGGUCGUCAGUGCAGCCGAAGGGAGACAACAUGACCGUUGGGCCAGGCUGGAUGCAACGAGUGGGCUUGGGUUCAGGUCCAGCAUGGCGCUGCUGACCCCAGUGUUUCCAGGGGAAGGAGCAGAGGCAACAGGUUAGGGAAUGACCUGUCCAGACAUGCCUGGGCCUUCCCGACACAGAGGUUCGUAAAGAGUGAUUGCGCUAAUUUGUGCUUCAAAGUGCUUUUGCAUGCGUGCUGUGAGGUCUGUCCGCAGGGUACAUGUGGACUGUAUAUAGGCGUAUAUAGAUAUUUAUUUAUUUUGUAAGCUUCCUUUCUACCAACUCUUGAUUGACAAUAAACCUGUUCUACGGCCUUGCCUGUGGGCAGAGAAGGGCUGAUGAUUCUGUGAGCAGACGAGGCAUGUGGCCAGGACCCGGGUGGGCUGUGCUCCCUUGCCUGCCUUGCUCCAUCCCUUGGUGCCUCAGUUUCCCCUUCUGUAGGCCCAGGGGUCCCAAGAUACUGUGUAAAGUGCUGCGAGAUGUACGGAGGCCAUGUGUUGGCCAAGGCAUCAGAGCUGUCUUUGCUGUUGACAUUAAAGAACACAGUGCGGUGUACCGAA